AUGCAGCAGCCACUGAUAUUUUCCGAGUCAGCGCCUGCGUACUUCUCCAUGACUGACAAUCUCACUGAUUGGCAUACGGUCAUGGACUGGGUUCCUGAAUACGGCGAGCUCGCCCGGCACUCGGAUGACAUUAUCGUCUACGGUGGAGAAGGCAGUGCCUGGGACAGCAUCAUGACCAACUAUAGGUUCAACACGCUGGUGGCUCGGUAUCAACGUCCUGGGUAUUACAAUGACCCUGACUUCCUGAUUUCUGACCAUCCAGGACUUUCGCUCGACGAAAAGCGAUCUCAAUUCGCAGUUUGGGCAUCCUUCUCGGCGCCCUUGUUCAUCAGUGCCCAUAUCCCUGAUUUAUCCUCCGAAGACUUAAAGUACCUAACGAAUCAAGCCCUAAUUGAAGUUGAUCAGGAUCCACUAGCUCAACAGGCAACACUAGCGAGUCGGGAUAGUUCGCUCGAUAUCUUGACUCGGAGUCUGGCCGACGGUUCCAGAUUAGCCACCAUCCUCAACCAUGGUAGCGAUCCAGUCGAAACAGAUAUCUCUCUGGAUAUACUCGGCCUGUCCACUGAUUGUACAUACAAAUCACAAGAUCUGUGGGACGGGUCGACUCAGAACAUCAAAGAUGCUAUACAUAUUAAGCUAAACACACACGCGACCGCCGUGUACAAAAUUGAUAUCGACCAAAAGUGUUCUGCUGUUACACCCACCGGCAUCAUCUUUAACACGGCCUCCGGAAAGUGCCUUACCGGUACCACAUCAUCCGUGGGAUUUGAAUCCUGCGAUGGGAGCAAAUCGCAGAUAUGGAAAGUUGACGCAUCGGGGUUGAUUCGCACAUUGUCUGAUCCAUCGAAAUGUUUGACGGCGGAGGAUAAAGCCAUAUCCCUAAAGGAGUGCAAAGAGGAUGGUGCGCAGAAAUGGUCUUAUGCAACCACAGGGAAUCUGAAGAACCUUGACACCGGCAACUGCUUGACGGAGAGCGAAGGUAUUUCUGCUUGUGGCUUCGAAGUCAAUAACCAGGUGUUUGGGUUGCCUGCUGGUGUUCAGCUCGCAUGA